AUGUCGUUGGAAAUCGGAAAUAUGUCGGACAAAGAACUUGAAGAAGCAGUUACAAAUCACUUGAAAAAUCUCGAGGACAUGGAAGUGACGGGGAAAUAUACAGAAAAAAAGUUAUUAAAAACGACAAAUUGUGAUUUUAAAAAAAAUUGCGAAUUGGACACCCGUAAAUGCGGUGAUUGGAAUGAAAGCUCGCGAUCAUUUGAUAAAAAUUCCCUAUUAAAUAGUAAUUAUAAUAAUAAUAAAAUAAAUAACGCCGAAUGGAAGUGUAAAAAUCUGUACAGUAUUCCAAAUCUUGAGCCGUGCAACAAUUUACAUUCUUAUGGGGAAACUCCGCCAUCCGCUCCGUGUAAAAUAAAACUCUCCGGCGAUAGUGAUACAUUUGUAUCCGACAAAGAAGACUAUAAUUUAUUUGAAAAGUUAAAACAUUAUCUAAUUGAUUAUCAAGAAAAUGUACUGGGGAUAUCUUCUUCAGAAGAAUAUAAUUUUUCUGCUCUUAUGAAGAUGAUGGGACAAGCCAUGGCUAAAUCUUUACUUGCACUUUUUUAUUUUAUCAUUAAUGUCAUUCCAAUGGCACUGAUAACCUUAUUCAUCUUGCAUUUUAUCCUGGACAAGACACUAGAUAUUAAAAAAACUAAAAAUCGUCAAGAGAUGGCAAUCAAAAUAAUGCUCUUGGGAUUACAGCUUACAUUUGUGUAUCUCAGCUUCACCUUUAUAGUAGGACUCAUUUGGAUCCCAGUAUUUCAAAUCAUCUUACGAAUUGUUUCUUGCUGUACAAUUGAUCCAUACAACAAUUAA